AUGACCAUUAAGGCUUUAACGGUGCUUCUGGAGCUCAGAGGGAUAAAUAGUAAGGAGAGCUGCUAUUAUGUGGCAUUCACCUAUGCCAACUGGACGGAUGACCGACCUCGGUUUGUGGUGAAUAUGACGUUCUCAAACCAGACGGGCAUCGGAUCCGUCACUACCAUAAACGAGGAAAUAGCCUCUCCGGUCUCUCGUAUUUUAAUUCUCCAGCACUCUGCCCGUGAGAAGCCUCGAACCAUAUACAACGCUUCUACCAAAUUAUGUGACCUUCAGACCGUCUUUAACUCAGUGCCACUUUUUAAGCCAGCCAAGGACAACAUGCUCAAGCAAAGUAACUAUACAUUAAGCUGCCCGCUGAUCAAAGGUACCUACGCUAUGAACAACAUGCGCGUCAGCCCCAAGAAUCCACUUCUCAGCCUUCUAUAUCAACGGAAGCACACCUUUUCGGUGAAGGGCGGAUUAUACGAGGAACUGCCGCGAGGUCGUCGGCUACGGCCGUUAUCCACUUAUUUCAUGGCUGGAAAGGUUGUGAAAAAGUCCUGUGGCGCCAAUGAGUGAUCAUCAAUUUAAAUCAGCAAAAGCUGA